CCAUGACCUCGGCUUUGUACGACACGGCCAACACAAUGUCGGUGACGCCGGCCUCGGCCAACGCCUCGAUUUGGUGCUGGAUCAUUGGGCGGUUACCAAACUCAACCAUGGGCUUAGGCAACGUCAAGGUCAAAGGUCUCAAGCGGGUACCGUAGCCGCCGACAAGAAUAAUAGCCUUCAUUGUGUGUGGAUGUGUGUGAUGUAGCUAAGGGGAAAAAACCUCAAAGAGAAAAGAAGAAAAGAAAAAAGAAGAAAAGGAAAAAUUAGAGGAGUGGACGGCGGUCCAGCGAAUGUCUUAUAUAAGAAUCGGAGCUGCCGAAAAAAGAUUCGGACGCCAAACACACCACCAGAAAAGUCGCGGUGGGACGUGGCUGUCGCAGCCAGUGCAGGCGAGGGACGUGCCGCGGGUGGAAUUCUGCACGUGGCAUGCAUGCGGCGCCGUGUGCAGGCGCAAUACUUUGCGCACGCGCGUGGUCGGGUGUUCCGAAGAAGCUUCGCGUGCGAAAAUGUCGUUUUUUAUAUUUGGCAUGGUGCCGGCUCUAUUGUGGUGCUGUAUGGCUUGGCAUGUCCGGAUGUGCCAUGUUUUGUUGGGCUGGUUGUGCUUUGGGUGGGAGGAGCACAUUAGUCCAAUUCUGCCCUUUUUUGUGCUCGUGGACUUUGCGAUCUGAUGGGCUUGCUUUGGAUUUUAGUGUGUGGCCGUAGUGGUCAGUCUUUCAGAGCCGGCCUUGGCAUGAGAUCUGGGAACUUCG